CUCAAGUUUUUAAAACUUACUAUGAGAAGCAAAAAGGACUUUACACUAGUAUUCAACACGUUAUAAUAAUAUAUUGAUUUUUAAAAUAGUGAAAUCCAAAAAGAACUAAUUAGUAUCUUUGGGACAAAAUGGUAGGAGUGUAUUUCUUAAUUUAAUUCUGCUAUGUAAUAUAGUUACACAUUAUUUUAUUUUGUCACAGUGAAAAUAUAUGUAAAAUUACAUCAAGAUACCCCAGUCCUUAUCUGUAUGGAUGUUAAACAUGCUAAGAAAGAAAUAGUGGACCCCACCUACAUGUGGAUUGGGCCUAAUGAAAAUACAUUAACAGGAAAUCAUCGACUAAAUAUAACUCAAACAGGAGAGCUGAUAGUGAAAGAUUUUGUGGAGCCUUUGUCUGGACUUUACACAUGUACUUUUUCUUAUAAAACUGUCAAAGCAGAAACCCAAGAAGAAAAGACAGUGAAAAAGAGAUACGACUUUCUGAUCUUUGCCUAUCGGGAACCUGAUUAUUCUUAUCAGAUGGCUGUACGCUUUACCACAAAGUCUUGUGCAGGAAGCUAUAAUGACCUUCUCUUUAGAGUGCUGAGGAAAAUCUUGGAUAAUCUAAUGUCUGAUUUGUCAUGCCAUGUCAUAGAACCAUCAUAUAAAUGCCAUUCUGUUGAAAUUCCAGAACAUGGCCUCGUACAUGAGCUAUUUAUAGCCUUUCAAGUUAAUCCUUUUGCACCAGGGUGGAGAGGUACAUGCAAUCAAACUGUUGACUGUGAAGAUAUCACUAAUCAUAAUGUCCUCCAGGCAAGAAAUCGAAUAGAAGAAUUUUUUCGGAGCCAAGCAGAUAUUUUCUCCCACAGCUUUAAUAAAACUCUACCAGCUAUGCAUUUUGUGAACCACAGUUUUCAAGUAGAACGUCUGGAUACCUGUCGACCAGGCUUUGGAAAAAAUGAAAGUCUACACAGUAAUUGUGCUAGCUGUUGCGUGGUUUGUAGUCCUGGGACUUUUAGUCCUGAUGUUGCUGUUAUUUGUCAGAGCUGCAUUUCCAUCCAUGUCUACGGAGCUAAAUCUUGCCCAUAAACUUCAAACAAAAAUCAGCAAUAUAAAGACUAGAGAGAAAUAAAGCCCUGAGAUGGCAAAAGAGUUAUAUCUUCUGACUUACUCGGUGGAAAUAGAAGUUGUGACAGCAUCCCCACAAUUUGCUGCUGAAAGAGUCUCACACUACCUCUCUUUUUCAUCUUGAUUCUUUAAGUGUACAUUUGUAGUACUUAGAAGUCACAUUUCACAUGACCAUAUCUACCAAAAGAGUCACUAUUGAUUGGAAUUCUGUACUUUGUACUACUGCAAGAGUA